AUCUCACAUUCUCACUCACUCUUCCCUCCUUUCUUCACUUUCCUUGUAUCUUUUUAUCUUUCACUCUUUGCAUUAUCCCUUUCUUUUUCCUUCUUCAAGGGAGAAGAGUGCCUUAAAAAUGGCAGACUGCAAAAACGCCCAGCAGAAUGAGGAAACAUCGGCCAAAUAUGGAGGAUUGGUGCCAAAGAAGAAGCCCUUAAUCUCAAAGGACCAUGAACGUGCUUUCUUUGAUUCAGCAGAUUGGGCAUUAUGUAAGCAAGGUGCAGCAGUAAAUGAGAAGUCAAGUGUUGCAAUCGAGACUCUAAGACCGAAGCUCAUGAGAACACCACAUCAACAGUUACCUCCGAGGAGACCUGCUUGUACAUCCGGUGGAGAUAAUAACACGGCUCCUAAACUGGUGUGAGAAGUUGAUGAAAUUCGGGCUU